AUGGAUGUUCAAAACAUAAUCUCUACUGAUACAAUGGAUGUUCAAAACGUAACCUCUACUGAUACAAUGGACGUUCAAAACGUAACCUCUACUAAUACAAUGGACAUUCAAAACAUAAUCUCUACUGACUCUGUAACUUCAUCACCUAUACCAGUAUCUUCUGCUACUGACAACACCACCACUGCCACAGCCACAAGUUCAACAACAUCUUCAAGAAAUAUUUUGGCAGUUUGGGAUAACUUUACAUUAUUAUCAAAUGAACCAAAGGCAAAAUGUAAAUAUUGCAAAAGUAUUCUAGCUCAUAAAAAAGGUACUGGAACAUCACAUCUCUGGUGCCAUCUCAAAUCUUGUAAUAAAUUUAAAAAGAAUAGGACAUGUAAUGAACAAUUAAAUGACCUGGUGGAUAUGAUAAUUUGGGAUAAAUUAUGUUUUCAAUUUGUUGAAAAGCCUGGCUUUCAUAAAUUUCUAAGUGGGAUUUUACCUUGCUUUAGUAUGAGCACUGAUACAGUAAAGCGAGAUAUUAUGAAAGGAUACAAUGAAAGAAAAAACUUAAUAAGAACUAUUCUUCAAAAUGCUGAAAGCAGGAUCUCUCUUACUUGUGAUAUGUGGACGUCACUUCAGCAACUAGGAUAUUUGGCAAUCACUGCUCAUUUUUUAGAUAAAAAGUGGAACCUUGUAUCUCUUUUAAUAUCUUUUGAGCUACUACUUCCCUAUUCUCAUACUGGUGCUAAUAUUAGAAAUUGUAUUAAGACCGUAACUGAUGACUACCUAAUUACUACAAAGUUACAAACUAUUACCCUUGACAAUGCAAGUUCGAAUGAUGUUGCAAUCCGUGAACUAAUUAAUUCUGCUUCGCAGAAUUUAAUUAACAUUAAAAAAGAACUUUUUCAUAAUCGCUGUCUUGCUCACAUUUUGAAUCUUAUUGUAAAAGAUGGAUUAAAGGAAAUUUUAGAAAUCCGCAAUUGUGUUAAGGCAAUACAUACGACACCAAGAAGGCAUCAAAUGUUUUUAGAUGUUUGUGAAUAUGAGUCUAUCAAAGCUACAAUCUUGCCUUUAGAUUGCGAGACUAGAUAG